GUGAUGGGUUUGCCACAACGAGAUCAUAUGCAGAUGUAAUUCGUUUGGAUUUUCGACUGGACUCAUUAUCCAAAUUCCCAAGCAUGUUUUCGGAGGGAAUGGCCAUGGCGUGCUCUCCUGCACUGUGCUCUCCAGGAGGAAGAAAGAGAACCAUCUACGGGACCCAGAGGAGUCCUUUUGGUUAUAGCUCAAAAUGGAGCCCCCCUGCCGCCAGAAAACCGUCUUUCCCGUUUACGUCAUCGCGUUUGGCGACGGCCGCUGUCGUUACCCCCACUGGGGAAACUAAGUUUUUGGAGCUGGAGACGAAAAAACACCAUCUGUUGAGAGUCAUCCAGGACACGCAGCGAGGCCUUGUUACCACCGCCGAUCAGCGCUCUUCCAUCGAGGAAGCCCUUGUGAUCGUUGAAGGAUACGAAGCAGGUGCGCCCAUCGACUUGGCGCAGCUGGAAGGGACAUGGCGCCUGCAGUAUACUUCUGCCCCGGAUGUCCUUGUUCUUCUGGACUCUGCUGCAAGGCUUCCCUUCUUUCAGGUUGGGCAAAUUUUCCAGAAGUUUGAGUGCCAGGAUCAAGCUGAUGGAGGUGUUGUCCGUAAUGUUGUACAAUGGAGCAUUCCAACCCUGCUAGAGGAACAAGAUGGUGCUACUCUGCUUGUAUCUGCAAAAUUUUCUGUUAUUUCUCGGCGCAACAUCUACCUUCAGUUUGAAGAGAUUGCCGUGCGAAACAUAAAGAUCAGUGAAGAGCUGCAAGCUCUAAUUGCUCCAGCCAUACUGCCAAGAUCAUUUUUAAGUCUACAGAUCUUGCAGUUCAUCCGAACAUUCAAAGCUCAAAUUCCUGUGAGAAGCCCAGAAAGGCGAUCAGUAGGGGGAUUAUAUUACUUGUCGUAUCUGGAUGGUGACAUGCUUUUGGGUCGUGCUGUUGAAGGUGGUGGAGUAUUUGUGUUUACUAGAGCUCAACCACUUCUAUGAGAUAAGAGUCGGCAUGUAUUCGUUGCUUUUCCUUGCAAUGCAAACAUGUUGCCAUAUGUUCAGUUCUGAACUACAUUUUUUUUCCUAGCUUAAGAUGUUCUAUGUAAGUAUAGUAUUUCUCUUCCACUUGUUUGUGUGGUGCAUUCAUUUGGUCUUCAAUUGAGAUGGCUGAAUUGUUGUGGACAGCUCUUUGACAUCAUCUUAAGGCAGGGUUCUUGUAAUUCUCAUGAAUGCAUUGAUUUCAUUCUUAAUAUAUUAAAAGCUUGUCAAA